AUGGCCGAUUCCGACGAAGAGUAUAUUGGGAGUAUCUCCGAGGAUGAAGCCGACACUAAUAUAAGAGGAACGCGAGGCGCGGCCGGUCCGGCUUCGAAACGAAGAAAGCAAAAGGGCGGAGCGGAAUUCGAACUCUCGCGAACAUGGGAAACCUUGGUCGAGGGCGCAGAUGGCACAAUCAGCUCUACAGUCGAGGGGCUGCUAGAGGCCAGUAAGAGAAAGAGGCUUCUCAAGGACACAACUCCGUUACAGCGCGGCAUUAUCCGCCACGUCAUCCUACUCCUAGACUUAUCGCAGUCGAUGAUGGAGAAAGACUUGCGUCCCACCCGAUAUCUUCUAACAUUACGGUAUGCCCAGGAGUUUGUCAGAGAAUUCUUCGAGCAGAACCCCAUCUCGCAGAUUGGCGUACUGGGGUUGAGAGACGGACUUGCCGUACGGAUUAGCGACAUGAGCGGAAAUCCUACGGAACACAUUACCGCGAUUCAAGAUCUGAGAAGUCAGGAUCCAAAGGGUCUUCCUAGUCUACAGAAUGGACUCGAGAUGGCCCGUGGAGCUUUAUUUCAUACCCCCAGCCACGGGACCCGAGAAGUACUAAUAAUCUUUGGCUCACUGCUAUCCUCUGACCCUGGCGACAUCCACCAAACCAUCAGCACACUCAUUGAUGAUAAGAUUCGUGUUGGAAUCGUGGGUCUCGCGGCACAGGUGGCGAUCUGUCGAGAACUGUGCGCAAAGACAAAUGGUGGUGAUGAUACCUCGUACGGUGUGGCCCUCAAUGAGCAGCACUUUCGGGAGUUGGUGAUGGAUGUAACAACUCCACCUGCUACAUAUUCUCAGAAACAAUCCACGAGCUCUCUCCUGAUGAUGGGCUUCCCGUCUCGUACUAUUGAGCCUUUUCCUUCUCUUUGCGCAUGCCACUCUAAUCCCACCUCCGGAGGGUACUUAUGCUCACGAUGCAACAGCAAGGUUUGUGGCCUCCCUGCUGAGUGCCCUUCCUGCGGUCUUACACUGAUCCUGUCUACUCAUCUUGCUCGAUCUUAUCACCAUCUAUUUCCCCUAAUGAAUUGGGUGGAGGUUACAUGGCAGCGCGCAUCCCACAGCUCUGCCUGCUUCGCCUGCGGCACACCUUUCCCUUCAGUCCCUCCGAGGGAACAAUGGCAGGUUACGGAAAAUCUUGCCAAGGGGAUGAGCGUAAGCAGUCGCUACGAAUGUACCGUGUGCAGGAAUCAUUUUUGUAUCGACUGCGAUCUGUUCGCCCAUGAGGUGGUGCAUAACUGUCCUGGCUGUCAGAGCAGAGCGGCGGCUCAUUCUCAUGAUGAUGUAUCUAGCGGUCAGGUUGGGCUAGAGCAAAUGGACACUUCGAGGUAA